AUGAUGGGGGACAUGCUGGCUUGGUACAUUGUCAUUUUCCUAGGAUCGGCUAUUCUGACAACUGGCUCCUUAUACAACUCCGAAUUCAUCACCAACCCGAGCACAUCGUUCCUCGUUCACCUCACCACGAGCAUCGUCCUCUACUCCACCUCCCUCAUCGGCCUUGCUCUCACCGCCAUCGAAGACUGGAGACUCCAAGCUCGCCUCGCACGGAAGAAUGGACGUGGCCUCGAGCCCUUUCGAUUCUUCCCCAAAGAGCAUGCGGUCUUCGUGACGCGGGCGACGGGCCUGGCAGCGGGCGCCUACGUCAUGGCGCUCCCGCUGCUCAUGCCGACUGACGACGUGAUUGCCCAGGUCUGCCUGCGCAUACCCACGUUUUUCUACGCGUGCAAGUGCUGGGACUUGACAAUCGCGCGAGCGAGGAAGCCGCCUGUCCCACGGGAUGGGAAAGAGGAAGUGGUCUACGGGCUGACGAGCUGGAGGUCUGUUGCUUCGUAUGUCUGGCGGCUUGGGUCGGAGACUAGGUAUGCGUCUUUCAAUAUCGCCGUGGAUGAAUCGAAGCGAAAGAGCAUCCCAAAAAGCGCGGCCUGGACCUACGGUCCGCUGCUCGUGGUCCCUCUGACAUAUCUAUUCCCCGUUACGGAACUAAAGGUCAUGUGUGGCCUGCUUGCUAUUCAGUAUGGACUAGAGGGCAUUCACUUCAUCUUCCAUCCCCACUGCCCCAACAAGCUCUUCUUCCAGCCGUGGGCAGCAGAUAGCUUCUCUAGCUUCUGGGCCAUUCAUUGGCACCAUGGGGCACAGCCAUUCCUUCAACACCUAGGGUACGUUCCCGCCAGAGCCCUCUUCACACGUCUGUUUGGGAAAGAUGCUGGCAAGGCCGCCGGUGUCCUCGCGGCUUUUAGUCUCAGCGGAGUUUGGCAUGCCUGGUGCGGGGUCGUCUUGACACUGGACGAGUAUGCGUGGGUACAGGCUGUGGGCCUGUGGACUGUGUUCAUGGUGCAAGGCGUUGGUUGCCUGAUCGAGCGCUGGCUUUUCCAGAAUGAGAGCUGGAGGAUAGGACGGAGGAGACAGAUGUUGACGGCCCUGUGUUGGAUGGCUUCAGUGGAGUCGGCGGCGUUUUGGUUGAGGUACGGAGAGGCACGGGCGAAGAGACCUCAGGGCUGGACUACGUUCUGA